AGAGGACGCUCACUUCCGGCGGAGAGGGGCUUUCUGACCCGGAAUGGAGGAGGCGGUGGAGCCGCUUUUGGAGGGGAGGGCCUUGCACCUUGCCCCCGAGCCGUGCCUGGGCCUGGACUUAGGAUGGAGCUCUUCCGGAGGAGGCUGUGCUCAGGCCCUCAAAGACUUCUCGGCGGGGCCGAGCCGAGCUGUGCUCGCUCUGAAGAGCCUCCCUCCGGGUUUGGCCCUUGGCCCCUCUGUCGCCAAAGAACAGGGCUUGGGGGUCUGGUGUGUCGGGGAGGCCCUAAAACCUGGACUGCUCUGGGGACCACUGGAAGACGAGUCUGUCUCCGAGGAGAAGGGCGAAGGAGUGAAGCCCCAGCAGGAGGAGGAUCUGUCAUUAGACCCUUGGGGAGAUGUGCAUGCCUGUGAACAGAGUUCAGGCUGGACUAGUUUGGUGCAACGGGGCAGGCUGGAGAGUGAAGGAAAUGUGGCCCCAGUGUGGAUCAGUGAGAGGCUCCAUCUGCAGGUAUAUCGGGUCGUGCUACCAGGCUUUGAGCUAUUACUAUGGCCCCGGCCUCCCUGUGAGGUCCUGAGCUCCACCAAGCCCCAGCUAGAGGAAGAGGCAGCUAUUACCGUGGUAACAGAAGUGGAGUCUGCUGUACAGCAGGAUUUGGCCUCCCCAAGGGAGGAUGCAGCAGAACCUUGCACAGAUCCUAGUCACCAAUCAUCCCCUAGCAUCCAGGCAGAGAACAUGGUGAGCCCUGGAUUUACAUCCCAAACUCAGGACCAACUUUCCAAGGAUAGCCAACCACUUGGCCCAUUGCUUCAGAAUGGCAGCAUGGAUGAGGAAUACCCAUUCAAGGCACGGAUGCCACCUGAACCUCAGAGCAGCUCAGCUACCCAGCAGGUCCCAGAGAGCAGUGAAGCUAAUCUCCCAUCUUCGGCCAGGGCCUCCCAGCUCCAUGCUUACCUGGCCAAGAAAUUACGUAGCCCUGAUGAUCAAUGCCCACCCAAAGCGAAGACCUCGGUGCCUGGGCCCCAGCACUCUGGUUUCUCUGUACUCUUGCGGAGUCCUCCUGGUCCCGCAGGAAGCUCCCCAAAGCAGGGGCGACGGUACCGGUGUGGGGAGUGUGGCAAGGCAUUCCUGCAGCUGUGCCACUUAAAGAAGCACGCAUUUGUGCACACGGGCCACAAGCCCUUUCUUUGCACUGAGUGUGGCAAGAGCUAUAGCUCAGAGGAGAGCUUCAAAGCCCACAUGCUGGGCCACCGUGGGGUACGGCCCUUCCCCUGCCCACAAUGUGACAAAGCCUAUGGCACCCGGCGAGACCUUAAAGAGCACCAAGUGGUACAUUCAGGUGCUCGGCCCUUUGCUUGUGAUCAGUGUGGCAAGGCCUUUGCCCGCCGGCCCUCCUUGCGUCUGCACCGCAAGACCCACCAGGUGCCAGCUGCCUCUGCUCUAUGUCCAUGCCCUGUGUGUGGGCGGCCCCUGGCCAACCAGGGCUCCCUGCGGAACCACAUGCGGCUCCACACAGGGGAAAAGCCCUUCUUGUGUCCACACUGUGGCCGGGCUUUCCGCCAGCGGGGCAACCUACGCGGGCACUUGCGGCUACACACUGGGGAGCGGCCUUACCACUGCCCACACUGUGCUGAUGCCUUCCCCCAGCUGUCUGAACUGCGGCGCCAUCUCAUCUCCCACACAGGGGAAGCCCACUUGUGCCCCGUGUGUGGGAAGGCCCUCCGAGACCCACAUACGCUCCGUGCUCAUGAGCGCCUGCAUUCAGGAGAAAGGCCUUUCCCUUGCCCCCAGUGUGGCCGUGCUUAUACAUUGGCUACCAAGCUGCGGCGCCACCUCAAAUCCCACCUGGCAGACAAGCCCUACCGGUGCCCCACUUGUGGCAUGGGCUACACCCUUCCCCAGAGCCUCAAGCGGCACCAGCUCAGUCACCAGCCUGAGAAGCCUUCCAACACACCCUCCGUGCCUCCUGCUGCUUCUGAGCCCACAGUUGUGUUACUGCAGACUGAGCCAGAGCUGCUGAAUCCAUGCAGUGAACAGGAAGUUUCCCCAGCAAGGGGCGUUGUAGAGGUCACCAUUUCAGAGAGCCCGGAGAAGUGCUUUGCUGAGCCCAGGGAGCCAGGCUUCACUCCCAGCCUGGUGCUAAUCCACAAGGAUGUGGGCUUUAGCUCCUGGGCAGAAGUGGUGGAGGUGGAGACAGGCACCUGACACCUUUGCCUUCUUCUAACAGAGCUCUCUAUAAAGACUUGUG